AUGCAUGUAGUUUUUUGGGUACUCAUUUUUGCACCUUUGGCUCACAGUGUGGUUCCCUCCAUACAUCGAUUUCAGGUAGAAGAAAACACUCCUUCUGGAUUUGUAAUUGGACAGCUACCCGUAAAGCAGCGAAGUGCUUUCACUAGUCUUGCAAGAAAACCCAUUUCCGAAUACAUUUUUAUUCAUCCUACGAAUGGCAGUGUAAUAACCACACAACGGGUCGACAGAGAAGAUAUCUGUAAAACUGAUGGAACAGUCAAUAUUUCAUUCAGUUCACAACAUUCCAAUAGUCCAAGCUGUGACGUUACGUUCUUGGUCCACAUUACUAUAAAUGAAGAGAGUUUACUGGAGACUAUCUGCGUGACAAUCUUUGAUGUAAAUGAUAAUCCUCCCGUUUUUGAGCCACCGACAAUCACCAUUUCCGUUCCAGAAUCAUCUCCAACCGGGACUAUGUUUUACAUGCCCCCUGCACAGGACGCAGACUUGGGAAAAAAUAGCAUAAACGGCUAUCACCUCACUCGUAUACAUGCUGACAUUAAUCCACAGACAUGUUCUUCGCAUACGGUGGGUGAUGACGACAUCUUCUCCCUAGUUAUUUCAGCAGAUAAUGCUCCUCAACUACGGCAAAUCAAGGAACUCGACUACGAAAUGUUUCGCCGACUGUUUUACUGUCUUUACGCUUAUGAUGGGGAAGGCUUGACAGUGGCAUUGCUUGUAACAGUCGAAAUUCAAGAUGUAAACGACAAUAGUCCUCAGUGGAUUGGUCUGCCGUACCAAGUUCGUUUACCAGAAUGCGCCCAAGAAUACCGACAACCCAUGUGGAAGACAAAUGACGAGUUGGGUAAUUUCUUGCGUGUUAAAGGCUACGCUUAUGAUGCCCCAGUACGGUUUCUAAUUCAAGUAGUUGCUAUAGACGCAGACAGCAAGGAUAAUGGAAUGAUACAGUUUAGCAUUGCGCAAACGAGAUCUGCCACUGAAAACAACCAUAAGGCAAUAGUGUACCUGGAUAAGGUAUACCUUAUCGGACACCUAGAUUAUGAAGCCACACCGAAAUUCUUCAUUCCUAUUGAGGCCAAAGAUGGAGGUGGAUUAACUAAUGUGACAAACAUCGAAGUUAAUCUGGAAGAUUGUAAUGAUAAUAAGCCAGAGAUAAGUGUUACAACACUCAGCCCACUACCUGCGAGAAACUCACCUGAUUGGAGAUACAGUAAACAAGCAGAUAUUUGGAUUCCCGAAGAGGACGAAAAAGAGAUUAAACUAGCCACGGUUACAGUAACCGACGCUGACACGGGAGAGAACGCAGCUGUUAGCUGUGAUGUUGAAUGGAACAACAUAAUAGGAGCUAAUCCUUUCCACCUGGUUUCAUUAAAACCGCCUAUUACAGCUAUCAAGGUUCCCGUGGUUUUUACGCUUAUUAAACGAAGUGGUGUGAAACUGGAUCGUGAGGCUGCUCCAAAUGUCCAAGUGACAAUUAUUUGUGCUGAUCGCGGUCGUCCACAGAUCAAUGUUGCUCGACAAACAUUUAAUAUUGGAAUUCUGGAUAUAAAUGAUAACGCGCCGAAAUUCCAAAAUGUUCGUAACAUCGAUGUGAAGGAAAACGAACCAAACGGUGCGCUAGUCGGCUAUGUUCUAGCCCAUGAUAGUGACUUGGGCAGAAAUUCUGACUUGAAAUAUUCCAUUAUAAGCUGUGAGCAGCAAAAUGUGACCCUACUGUUCAUGAUUGAUGAUCGAACUGGAAAGAUCACUACUCUACGUUCCUUGGACAGAGAGACAAAAUCAACUUAUUGUGUAACUGUCACAGCCACAGAUGCAGGUGACCCUCCCCUCAGUUCUUCAGUGAAUAUUACAAUUUCUGUAUUGGAUGUCAAUGACUCUCCACCUGUGUUUGAAGGUAAUCGAAAUGAAUCAGGGAGAAUAAUAUUCGAGAUUCUUGAAUCUUUUGGUCAAAAUCGCCUAAUCAAACAGUUCAUUGGACAAAUCAAUGCUACGGAUGCAGAUAAUGGCCCCAGUGGAACCCUAGAGUACUCUUUUAAACAAACCUCAGGUUUCUUUUGGCAAAACCACUCAGCAGCAAACUUUUGGAUAAGUCGGGGAGGGCAGCUUCAUGUCGACGGUAUUUUGGACCGUGAGAGUCUAUCUGAACACAAAUUUACCGUUGUAGUAACUGAUUCAGGGCCGUUACAUCAGCGUCUCACGUCUGAAAUCGGAGUUACUAUUCGCCUACAGGAUCAAAAUGACAAUGGACCCGUGUUCACUCGACCUACCUCUCUUACUAAAGGUCACAGCCCUAGUGUUGCUGCAGUAAACAUUAGUAAUAAUGCUGCAGUAAACUCAUCUGUAUUUAGGAUAUGUGCGAAAGAUGAAGAUUCUGAAGAAUACGCAAAAAUAAACUUUACUUUGCGUUGUGCACAGUACCUGAAACCCUUUUUCGGCAUCGGUCGAAUUGAUGUAUUUGGUGGCACUGAGGCAUGUACUGAUGUUAUUGUGAAAAGGUCACUGACAGAAAUCCUCCAAAGUAAUGCUCCUAAACAGAUGCUAACUCCGAUAGAACACCAACUUUAUGUAACAGUGAUGGAUUUAGGUGCACGUCAGUUCACCAAGACCGCACGAGUCCGACUCUUUGUUCGACACGAGCUCUUCUUAAAAGCCACGCGGGCACCUGAAAAAGAUUCCAGAAAAGUUCAAAAGAGUGGAACUGUUAUGAGGCAAGCGUGGACGCAUCACAUUGAAGAUCCAAGAAAGGGCUUGCCUGUUGUGCAUCAGGCACCAGGCGCAAAUUUUUCUGGAUCGCUGACAUCAGAAUCCUUCUCUUUUCCGGGACUCACGAAAGCAAAAUACCUGUUUAUCGUAGCUGCCGUCGUCUUCACAAUGUUUGUUAUAGCCUUGGGUCUCUUGGCAUUUCUCUUUCUUCGGGACUGUUUAUCUAAGGGACAAACGAUCCAAUUAGCAACUUCUGUUGAAGGGGUUCUAAAUUCGCAGCGGUACUGUGGUGGUGAGACGGCUCCGAUCACCUACACAGCGGAUUAUCUUGAAGGUAAGAUUUGUUUAUAG